CUUUUUUUUUUUUUUUUUCUUCUUUUUUUCCUUCCUUUCUUCUUUUUUUUUUUUUUUUUUUUUUUUUUUUUUUCCUUUUCUUUUUUUUUUUUUUUUCUUUUUUUCUUUUUUUUCUUCAUCACCCAGUCAAAGCAAGGUGGGGAAUAACCAGGUCUGAUGCUUUGUAUAUUUUCUGUUGGCUGCUGGAGAUGAGCCUAGGCUUGACCUGACCAUGAUUCCAAGGACUGGCAUUUCUUUUUUAUCCCCAGUUUGUAGAGAUCCAGACCUUCUUUUCCUGAUUGUCAAGAAAAAUAAAUUAUUGCUGAAUUUGGGAAUCUAGGCAGCACCAGCAUACUUUCUCCCUGCAUCUCUCUGGAAUCGUUUCUGGGAUAUUUUCCAAAUCAACACAGAAAGCAGGAGGAAUGAACCGGCAGCUAGUGAAAAUUUUGACAACCUUGUUUGCAUUUUUCUUAGAGACAAACCAUUUCAGGACGACUUUCUGUAAAGAACAUGAUUCAAGAUCUGGAAAAUCCCCCUCACAGACCCUGUCUCCUUCAGAUUUUUUGGACAAACUGAUGGGGAGGACAUCAGGGUAUGAUGCUAGAAUCAGACCAAAUUUUAAAGGUCCUCCUGUAAAUGUUACCUGCAACAUAUUUAUCAACAGCUUUGGUUCAAUAGCAGAAACUACAAUGGACUACAGAGUGAACAUUUUUUUGAGACAGCAGUGGAACGAUUCACGCCUGGCUUACAGCGAAUAUCCUGAUGAUUCCCUGGAUUUGGAUCCCUCCAUGCUGGACUCUAUUUGGAAACCAGAUUUGUUUUUUGCCAAUGAAAAGGGAGCAAACUUCCAUGAUGUCACAACAGACAAUAAGCUGCUAAGGAUUUCUAAGACUGGAAAAGUGUUGUACAGUAUCAGGCUUACUUUAACCUUAUCAUGUCCCAUGGACUUGAAGAAUUUUCCUAUGGAUGUACAGACAUGCACAAUGCAGCUAGAGAGCUUUGGCUACACCAUGAAUGAUCUGAUUUUCGAGUGGCUGAGUGAUGGACCUGUGCAAGUUGCAGAAGGUUUAACCUUGCCACAGUUUAUUUUGAAAGAAGAUAAAGAACUUGGUUAUUGCACAAAACAUUACAACACUGGAAAGUUUACAUGCAUUGAAGUCAAGUUUCAUUUGGAGCGUCAGAUGGGAUACUAUUUAAUCCAGAUGUACAUUCCUAGCCUGCUGAUUGUCAUUUUGUCCUGGGUUUCUUUCUGGAUCAACAUGGAUGCUGCUCCAGCAAGAGUCGCAUUGGGUAUCACUACAGUUUUGACAAUGACCACUCAAAGUUCAGGAUCGAGAGCUUCCCUUCCAAAAGUCUCCUACGUAAAAGCUAUUGACAUCUGGAUGGCCGUGUGCCUUCUCUUUGUCUUUGCUGCAUUACUGGAAUAUGCAGCAGUCAACUUUGUUUCACGGCAGCACAAGGAGUUUCUGAGGCUUCGAAGAAGACAAAGAAGACAAAACAAGGAAGAUGAGGUUGCUCGUGACAGUCGAUUCAAUUUCAGUGGCUAUGGCAUGGGUCACUGUCUCCAAGUCAAAGACGGCGCAGCAGUCAAGGCUACUCCACCAAACCCACCUCCAGCACCACCAAAGGAUUCAGAUUCCAUCAAAAAGAAGUUUGUUGACCGUGCAAAAAGGAUUGAUACAAUAUCUCGUGCUGCAUUCCCACUCGCCUUCCUCAUUUUCAACAUCUUUUACUGGAUUACAUACAAAAUUAUACGUCAUGAGGACAUUCACAAGAAGUAGGAAACUGGUGUGCCAGGAUUUGUCAGCCAAAGUGAACCACAUGUAAAUAAGCAAUGAAAUGUCUCUCUGUUAUUUGGAUAAAGGGUUUCUUUUUCCCCUCAGGACUCUGAAGAGAAAAUGAAAAAGGAAAAGAAUUAUAGAAGGAAAAUUGAUUGCAUGAAACAAUAUACCUGAGACCAGUCAAUAAGAGUUCCCCUUAUAUACUGUCAGUGUUCUUCUGCCAGAUUCAGCAUUGACCAGACAUCUGUAAAAGGGGCCAAAUUUUACUCAACUUUAUCACCAAGAUAUUAUUGCUUGAAACAAAAGAGAAUCAGAAAACAAACAGUGCUCCUAAAACAUCUACCAAGAGACUGUGGUGGCUACAGUGCAGUGAGUUAUAAGAGGACCAAACUUUUUCAGGAUAAUGUUGCCUUUCUAUUUGAAACAAGUCUACUGAGCUACAUUCCAUGACCAUGUCUGUAGUUAGUGGUUUCACCAAGGAGUCCUUUUGUGGGUUGUAAAUUAUUUCUACUGACAAAGGAGAGGAAAAACAAAAACAAAUAGAUUUAUACUUUACUAUCCUUGUGGGUGUGCAUUUUAAUAUUAUCUUGCUUUACUAGAAUUGUAAUUUUGGGGUUGAACUUGUGUGUUGUGUAAUUUAUUUGAUAGUUGACACUCCAAAACCAGUGAAACUGCCCAGUUUAUUUUUGCUGGAAAACAGUGCACUUACUUCAUUUUAUUUCUGCUAAUUUUACAUGCAA